CUCCUCGAACAAGCCGUGGUAGAAGCCUACUGUUCGCUAGGCUCUCAGGAAUGUAUUGCGAAAUUCAAAAAUAUCUUUGGCACGCAAGUUCUUCAAAAAUGUCAAAGCAAGGAUGCAGUAGCAAGCCAAUGCUCUACGGUUGCUGCACCUCUGCGAGCCAAAACGUAUUGCUACGGUGUAAGGGAAGGAGGAGAGUCUGCAUUUAAUAAGGUAAAGGAGCUGUACAAAGUUGAAACUGUUCACAUCGAAAAAAACAUCCUCCGCGAUGCCCUUGCUUGCUAUAAUGAUGUCGUAGCUUUGAAAGAACUUAUGCUACUAGCGUUAGAUCGGAAUUCUUCAUUUGUACGCCUUCAAGACGUGAAGAGUGUGUUUACGAGUGUAUCAAAAAAUCCAUUAGGCGCAGAGAUCAUCCUUAAUUUUCUCUUGGAACGAUGGGAACAUAUUUAUGAAGGGCUAAUGCCAGAGCGUAGAUCCAUUACUGCAAUUAUUGAAACUGCUGCUGUUACGGCACGGUCGCAGUACCAAAUUGAACAGGCUUACUGCGGGGCAUUUAAUUUGAUUGAUGUUUAA